AGGAAUAAUGGAAUGUUCCUUGAGACAGUUCAAAUGUAAAAAUGAUAAAUGUGUGCAAAUGGCUUGGGUCUGCGACUCUGAAGAUGAUUGUGGAGAUAAUUCUGAUGAAGCUGACUGUAAUGUACCAACUACUUGUAAGGCAAAUGAAUUCCAAUGUGAUAAUGGCAGAUGUAUACCUUCAAUGUGGCAUUGUGAUAGAGAGAAAGAUUGUCAUGAUGGUAGUGAUGAAAAUCCAGAAGUGUGCGAGGCAAAGGUUUGUGACCCAGAGGAAUUUACUUGCCGUGGUAGUCCUGGAGAGUGUGUCCCACUAACAUGGAUGUGUGAUGACAACCCUGACUGCAAAGAUGGAUCUGAUGAAAAAGCUUGUAAUGAAACAUGUCGUUCAGAUGAAUUUACAUGUAACAAUGGAAAGUGCAUUCAGCAAAUUUGGGUUUGUGAUAUGGAUGAUGAUUGUGGAGAUCAUUCUGAUGAAAGCAAAUGCCCUGAAAAAUUAUGUCCAAAAUCUGAUUUUCAAUGUCAUGACAAAUCCUGUAUAACUGCAAAAUGGAGGUGUGAUGGAGAUUUUGACUGCCCUGAUAGAUCUGAUGAAAAGGAUUGUCCAAAUGAUAUUGCUGUGUUUUCUGUAUGCCUUGAUAAAGAAUUUCAAUGUACUGAUAGAAUGACGUGUGUCCAUCCUUCAUGGGUCUGUGACGGGGAUUCAGACUGUCCAGAUGGUGCAGAUGAAAGCUCUGAUCAGUGUGAAAAUGUUACAUGUCGUCCAGAUCAAUUUCAGUGUAGAAAUAAUCUCUGUAUAGCUGGUCACUUACAUUGCAAUGGACUAGCUGAAUGCACAGAUGGGAGUGAUGAAGAAAAUUGUGCAAGCCCGAUUCCAUCCUGUAAAAAUGAUCAGUUUGAUUGUGGAGGUGAAACGUGUAUAGCAAUGAAUAAGGUAUGCAAUAAAAUCCCAGACUGUCCAAACAGCGAAGACGAACCAGUAGGCAAAUGUGGUGUUGAUGAAUGUGCUACGAAUAAUGGUGAAUGCUCACACCUCUGUAUAGAUACUCCAACUAGUUAUCGAUGUGAUUGCCGCCCAGGCUACAAGCUUAUUGAUAAUUUCACUUGUGAUGAUAUCAAUGAAUGUGAAGAUCCUGGUUCAUGUUCACAUACAUGUGUGAAUGAAAAAGGGACAUUCAAGUGUGAGUGCCAAGAGGGGUAUCUACGAGAUCCCCAUGAUCGUACUCGUUGCAAAGCAACUGAAGGUCAUGCAAGUCUUCUUUUUACUAGACGACAUGACAUUCGUAAAAUUUCUCUUGACCAUCAUGAAAUGACAGCAAUAGUGAAUGACACCAAGUCAGCCACAGCUCUCGAUUUUGUUUUCAGAACAGGAAUGAUAUUCUGGAGUGAUUCAUCAGAAAAAAAAAUUUUCAAAGCACCUAUUGAUGAAGGUAGUGAGCGAACAGUUGUUAUAAGUAAUGAAAUUACUAUAUGUGAUGGGUUAGCUGUGGAUUGGCUCUAUAGUCAUAUUUAUUGGACAGAUACUGGAAAAAAUACUAUUGAAGUUGCUAAUUAUGAAGGAAGUAUGAGGAAAACUUUGAUUAAGGAUAGCUUGGAUGAGCCACGUGCCAUUGCUUUAAAUCCUUUGGAUGGUUGGAUGUAUUGGAGUGAUUGGGGAAAAGAAGGACGUAUUGAAAGAGCUGGCUUAGAUGGUUCUCAUCGCAGAACAAUUGUAUCCUAUGAUAUAAAGUGGCCAAACGGGUUGACACUUGAUCUUGUUCGGAGCCGUUUGUAUUGGGUUGAUGCAAAGCUCAAUUUGAUAUCAUCUGUAAAUUAUGAUGGUUCUGGCAGAACUGUAGUUCUUAGAUCUGCUGAAACACUUCAUCAUCCAUUCUCAAUUUCUGUAUUCGAAGAUUACGUAUAUUGGACUGAUUGGGAUAAACAAGCUAUAUUCAAAGCUAAUAAAUUUAAUGGUUCAAAUGUUACACCGAUUACAGCUAUUAGAAUGCUUCAAAAUCCCAUGGUGGUUCAUGUUUAUCAUCCAUAUAGACAGCCUGAUGGAAUUAAUCAAUGUGCAGCAGUUAAUGGCCAUUGUUCACAUUUAUGUCUACCAGCUCCUCAAAUAAAUGCAAAAUCACCUAAAAUAUCUUGUGCCUGUCCAGACGGCUUGGUCCUAAUGAAAGAUGGGCUUAUGUGUGCAGAUGAAGUAAAAUCUACCAUUUCUCCAGUGUCCAAUACAUCAAUUGCAGGAGAUAUAACUAUUAUCAUCAAUCGUAAUGAUGAAAACCAUAUACACCCAGACAUGUUUGAUGAACAAGAUAAUGGAAUGAUUGCCAGUAUGGUUAUCGCUGGUAUUUCAGCAUUCUUAGUUCUUGCUUCAUUGAUUGCUUUUAUUGUGUAUCGCCAUUAUUUACACAGAAAUGUGACAAGUAUGAAUUUUGAUAAUCCAGUUUACCGAAAAACAACAGAAGAUCAAUUUUCACUGGCCAAAAGUCAUUAUCAACCACAGCGUGUUUAUACUGCUACUGUCACUGAAGAAGCUCAUGAACCAUUAACAAGUCCUGGUACAAAUGAAUAUGUAUAA